CACGGCUGCUCGGGCUCUCCUCUCUCCCUGCCAGCCGCCAGGAGGCACGCAGCCCACGCGGCGGCGGCGGCGAUCGAUCCGGUGAUGCGCCGGCCGCCGGCAGACGCCGGCAAUCGCAGCACCCUGCACCACCGUUACACAUUAGCUCCUCCUCUGCCCCGCGUGCCCCAGCUCCUCCUCUCUCCCACGCGCCCGAGCUCCUCGUUGUGCGCCGCUCGGGAGGGCUUGCGCUCGCCGCUCGACCAGAGCCACCGCCAGUUGGUCGUCGUUGCACUUGCCGGCUACCUGGUCGUCCCCUCUGCACCGCCAUCCACCUCAAAUUUGUACGCGUAUGUGUUUGUGGAUGUUCUCAGUUAUUUUUUGCACACAAGGUGUUUGUGUGUUUGUCCGAGCCAGUUUCAGUCACAGAUCCUUGAGGUAAACUCCCACAUGAAUACAUCAUGAGAGUAACUCUCGUUCCAUAUGAUUCAAAACAUGUUAUGAUGGUGGGAGCUAAUCAGGUUACUAGAAUAAUGGUUUGCUAAUUAAUUUACAUCGUGUGGAGUCUCAGGACACAUGGGUACGCCAGCUCCUACUGCUUGACAAAUGUAUAUCUGCAGAUUUUCUUUAAUUGUAUAAAGAAGUUACUGUAAGUUGUUGACCUUUUUUUGUGCCUAGACACAGCAGCUCCAACAAGAUCUGUGCGCUCAUAAUGAGAUAUGUAUGCAUGCUUUUUGUUUUUGUUGUGCCUUGUUUUCCGUUUAUCUUUGCUGCGCCUUUUUAGUUUUAAUUGUUAUUUACCUUCAUCCGACCGAAUUGAGCUAUCGGAGGUGCUGCGGUCUUUUGGCAAACAUGCUCUAUAUUCUAUGGUUUGGCAUCUACAGGAUGCCAUCUCAGGUCAUGGAUCCACUGUGGCUGCUUCGUCCUUCACUGAGAUCAGAGAGAAAAUUAUAUUUUGGAAGAAGGAACCCAUACCUCAGAAGAUGGCAUUUUGUGCUUGGUGGCCUUCUUCGCCGACUUCAUGGGCAUGUCAGCCCUCAUCUCCACUUCGUCAUCGACGACAUCUACGACCACGACACCUGGCACCUUGGGUAUGAUUGUGAUCUGUGCAAUGGGUGCAUAGUGGAAGGGGCUGUCGUUCCAGUUCAGCAGGGGCUGCACCUUCUACCGCAGUUAGCCCGCCCCGCAUCGGCAGCAGCGGAUUCAGAUUGUGUUUGGAGAUGGUGGCCGUGAGGAGGAUUUCAGGGGAGGUCGUACUGUGACUACAACAAGAGGCUGAGAUUUGACCUGCACUGUUUGCGAAAAGCAGGUUCAGGAGCUCCAAGCCAACAACCGCCAGAGCUUUGAAGCUGCAAGAUUUCUACUUUCUAGCUUCUGUCACAAAAUUUGUUGUAGCGUGUUAUUUUGUAUGGUAGUCGAGUUUAUUGUAAUAGUGAGCUAUAGACCUAUUGUUCAAUUUUGUUUGAGAUAGAAUAAUAUCUUGCUGUUCUGGGUGGAUUUUAGGAAUC